ACAUUUCAUUUCAUCCGAAAUCCUUAAUUUAGUGGAGGUACCCUGCUUUAGGCCGCCCUGCCGGGUAACAGCGGGUAAGGGCUGAAAGCCUCUCCUUACAAUUGGCGCCCAACGUGGGGCUUGCGAAAAAAUCUUCGAUUUUUUCCACUGAGCGAGGGGUACUCCACCAAAAUUUGGAUUUUGGGUGGAAUAAACACAGUGGUGGGGAUAUUUUCCACAGUCGCGUGGUCGUAUUAUUUAUUUUAUUUUGUUGUUUUGUGUCCUAAAUCGGUUAUUCGUCUCGUCUGCAGAACGAAUUGGUGCAUUUUGGGUCUCUUUGUUCUCAGGGCGGGAUUUUUGAUUCUUCUGGGCCGAUUUGGGGUAGCAUUUGACGCAACUUGGUGACCGAGAACCAUUUUGGAACCGUCAGUAAGCCGAAACUUGGUUCCUCACCGUAUUUAUACUAACGAAACAGUUGGUAAGUUUUGAUUUCGUCCACAUUUUGAAAAUUUGUGUUGCUCAUUCGUCAAAAUGCCGAUCGACAUGUUGACGUUGGGGGAGUUCAACGUCGCCUAUUUCCAUUUGCGUGCCGAUCACUUAUGUAGAACCUGACGAAAUUGACUUUGAAUUGAACUCCCGCGGUGUUGUUAUCCCUCCUAAAUCGGGUCAAUCGAGUUCCAAAAAGCGUAGUCGACUGCGAGCGUUUUUGGCCAGUGAGCAGAAAUGCUCCGAGACCGCUGUCCGCUCCUUUGAAGGGGAUAUUGACGCUGAAUUGGAGCUUUGUCGUGGCAAAUUUGAGUCCAUGAAGGAGGAUUUGGGGUACAGGUGUCCGAACAAGAAGGUUUACCGGAGCAGAUUGCUCCAUCUGGGUGCUCGGCUCCAAAUCGUCAAAAACUAUGUCGUCGGGGAGGCCAAUAAGACCUUUGCAAAUUUGUUGGGCGAUGUGGUAGCCCUUGAUAACUACCACUUCGCGAAAAGUUUGGUGCCUCCCUUCACGCCAACCGAGGAAGACAAAGAAGAUGAUGGUGAGGAUUUGCUGGCUCAAAUUGCCGCGGGGAAGGAUGUUUCACCGAAAGGAAAUCAACUUCCAAUCGUUGAAGCAUCCUCCAAUCAGGCGGUGGGCGAAGAAAUUCGCGAUGUCUUACUUGACAUAAGGGCGGAGAUCAAAAGGACGCAAGAGCAGAUCAAUCAAAGCGAAACUAGGACUGCAUCUAGAGUUGAUUCACUCGAAGAUGUAGUCAGAAAACUAGGUAGCGCAUUGCGUCCAUUGGUACGAUUGCAUCGGGACUACAGAAAACUAACCGUGAAGUGCAAACACUUCACGAGAAGAUUUCUGAGUUACAGGACAUUGUCAGCAAAAUUAUUCCUAACAUAAACUCCCCGAGCUUGCCGGUAGAUACGCAAGAUCUUCGAUUGCAACAAAGUUCCGAUUUACCGGAUUUGCCUGAUUUUGAUCAGCAAGCGUUAGAAGGUUUGGGUACUCCGCAGAACCUGCAGAAGCAAACUUCUAGCAAGAACUUUGGACUACCCAGUCAACCAUUUCAAAGACGUUUUGACUCCCGUAAUGCGGACAAUUCCAAACGUUUCGACAAUCUCGGACCUUCGCACAAUUCCCAGAACUUUUACCAGACUACUCUUCCGAAUUUAACGCUUCCGCGUCAGCCGGAAAGAGCAACAUCGGUGGAGAUCACCGGUUACCAGCGUCGGCCACAACGGGUGGCCGAUUGGAAAAUCAGGAAGUAUGCUGGGAAUGACGAAGGAAUGGGACUCAACGAAUUUUUGGAAUGUGUCCACCAUUACGCUGAGUCAGAACAAAUGUCCGAGGCAGAAUUGUUUAGCUCGGCAAUGCAUUUGUUCACCGGUAACGCGUUGGCUUGGUUCCAAGCAAUGCGUUCCCAGAAGCGGUUCUACAACUGGAAUCACCUGGUGUGCGAGUUGAAGGCAAACUUCGUGCACCCGGAACUUGAUGCUGCGCUGAGGAUGAAAGCGUCUCAGCGGCGACAGCAGAGGAAUGAAUCCUUCCAAGAUUUUUAUCUUGAGAUGGAGAAGAUCUUCCGUGCUAUGCCUGCGCCGCUAAGUUCCCACGAGAAGUUGGACAUCCUCAAGCGAAACCUGAGACCUGAUUACAAGCAGGUUCUCGUCUUCAAGCCGGUGAACACAUUGUCCGAGUUGAUGCUAAUCGGAAAGACCAUAGAUGCUUCCAAAACCUCCAUUUACCAAAAAGUAUUUGGAGUUCCCAAGGAAGUAUCUACUAUUUCAAGUAAGCCUGCCUACGAUGGUUCUAGAAAGAGGCAGCAGCAACAACAGCCUCGUGACAAUGGAAAUGGGUACAAACCAAGGGUAUUCUACUAUAAGAACAGCCCUCCAUCGUCACCAAAACGAAAUAGACCUCCACUUCUUCGUUUCGAAGAAACGGGAGGACGACCAGAUAAAAAUCUCCGGGAGAAGACUGGUAUAAUCCCUAAAUCUCCACAGUCGCGACAAGAAGGCAUAAUAUGUUUGAGCUCCCUGGUGGACAAACACCGUCCGCCACACUUGGGAGUGUGCUACAACUGCGGAAUUCAGGGGCAUGAACAUGAAAAGUGUUCAAAGCCCAAGCGUGUUUUCUGCGUACUGUGUGGAUUUAAGGGAUUUGAAGCUUCUCGAUGCCCUUAUUGUUUGCAAAAUGGGAUUAGAUCCAAUUAAACCUGUUGGGAAUCUAAUCUCUCUGUAAAUCUUCAAUAGAAAAUUCCCGUAGCUCCUACCUGUACCAAUUCUUCAAAUAGAGUUUCUCAAUCAAAUAAUUUUCAGAGCAAAUUUUCCCAAAUUGGUACAGUGAGAGUGAAUAUUAAAUUAAAAAAAAAAGACACGGACACGUUUAAUGCUUCCAGUGAGCUAUUUGCUCUUUGAAGGAAGCACGACACUAGACAACGGACUAGCAUGCAACGCCCAGUGGCACAGCCGAAAACUUUUCCUGACAGCUGCGGCGGGAAUCAAACCCGCGCUCCUUAGCACGAUGCGACUAAAGGCUUGGUGACCUUAGCCGCACGACCAUGAAGCCACACAUUUUAACUUCAAAAAUAGUAACAUCUCCAUUAAUUUGAUUCAGGCAUUCGUUGCUUGCAUAUUGCUCAACGAUGACCUGCAAGUAAACAUCAUAUUCAGCGUGAGAAUUGUGAGAAAAUCCAGUGGAACAUCAGAGUGAGUGUCCGAUUUCAAAAGCUCUGCGGCAACCCAGGACUGUUAAACUUAGGUUUGGCAACUAGGGUACGUCACCAAACUAGGGACACCAUGGUCAGUACACUAUAUUUACUCACAAUACUCACCUGAAGAAGAAUGGUGUCGCCCACAGCCUGAUUGAGCCGUUGGAGGGCAGCAAAUUUUCCCAAGCCAGCGUGAAAAUAAAAUCUUCCAAGAGCUCUUUGGAUCCACCACAUCGACUUCACCGGGUUGCUCACUUGGGAGCUUCCGAAGAUCGAUGGAUCCGGGAGCACCACGCAUCACUUCACGCUGGCAAUCAUCUUCUUUCCUCAGGAGCCGACACCUAAAUCUCCCGGCACCUGACAACUCUUCGAGGUUGUGAACCUCUAGGGUUCAUCACCUCAAUUCAUUAUCAACACCCCAACUUAAUCUUUCUUCCCUGACAGAAGGACUUAAACCGCGAUCGCCGAUCCAUUCGGGAGGUCAUCUAUGUAUGCGCACCUGUACACUGAAAGUUAUCUUCAUGUUGAUUUCCCGCGCAUAGAUGACAACACCAUUUUAACCUUUUCUAAUUUGUUGUAUCUUCGUUAUUUUAUCUCCCAGAAUCGGGGAAAUUCGACUGAUUCCCUACGGAAUCAGUUCGUAAGUGAUCUGCAUUCACGUUCGGUGUCUUGCUCAAGUAUCCUUGGAAAAGGAAUUACUUGUAGCGUAAAAGACAAUACCUUGCGUUCAUUGCCUGUUUGUUUUGGUAUUUUGUGUAAGGUAUGAGUGAGAAAAUGUAUAGGAUGAGUGAAAAUAAUGAGAGUGAAUGAGAAUGAGUGAUAGUGUGUGAAAUGGCGGGGUGUUCAUUCUGUUGGAAGUUAGGUAGCGUUGAACGCUCGGGUAGCGUCGAACCUUCAGGUACGAGUUUGGAGUGUUGGAGCGAGGUAGAUUUGUUGGCGUAGAAACAGGCAUCGACGGAGCUAGCCUCGCUAUGGCCUGCGUGGCCAUGGUGGACUAGCCUCCAACAGGUUAUGGGCCCAGGAACGUGUUCCACAGCACGUAUCGACCGGGAGAAGGAUCGGCCGCAUAAGCCGCGGAGUCGCAGCACGGGAUCCUUGGGCGGAUGGAUUGGCUGCAACGGAGGACAGGAUCCAUGGGAAUGUUGGCGAUACGGGUCAACUGGAUGACUGCUGGCUGGUCACCGGAAGGAGCUCGAGGAUUGUUGAGUUGGAUCGGAUGCAGCUCGGUGGUCGCACCUGGACGAAGAGGUUGGUGACAGGAGGAGUGAUCCGGAAGACAACAUGAAGGUGGAGCUCGGAGAUGGACCUAAUCGGAGCUCGGAAAUGGUGUAAGGCUGGUGCAAGCGUCGGAGUUGGGCCACUUGUCAAGCGUUGGAGUGAGGAGGAGCUUCGAUCCAGGAGGAGGUGAUCGUGUUUCGAAGGUUGCGACGCUAAGGAAGAGUGUUGGAAGUUAGGUAGCGUUGAACGCUCGGGUAGCGUCGAACCUUCAGGUACGAGUUUGGAGUGUUGGAGCGAGGUAGAUUUGUUGGCGUAGGUAUGUUGUUAUUGAAGAAGAUUGAACAAUUGUAUUUACCUGGAAUGAAUAAAGAGUGUAGCGGUUGCUGAUUGAGGUAUCAGUCGGCAGCCGUCUAGUUUGAUGGAAGGUGUCUAGCGUUUUAUUUUCAUUGUAAUUUAGAAACAGACAUCGACGGAGCUAGCCUCGCUAUGGCUUGGAUGGCCAUGGUGGACUAGCUCCAACACAUUCAAAUGUCUUGUGUGAUUGUGUGUGCGCGUAGGCCAAUGAUUAGGAUGAAUGAGUGAUACACUUUGGAUGAAUGUGGAUUGAAUUGAAACCCCACCUGUCUAGUAAAUAUAAAUACCGUCAGGACGGGAAUACUGGACGUCGGAAAAAAAAAAUAACAAGAAAAACAAGACCACGACAACCGUUCCUCUGCUAUGCUACUUCCGACCGGAGGCUAGCAGGGUUUUAGGAAGUCAGGUUGUUUUGAGUGUUAUCCCGAAUUGAUCUGGGGGAGUUGAAGAUUCUUAGCUCUCCCAUUGAGAACCGGAUGCCCGAAUAAAAAAUACAGUAGAAAAACCGAACGUUGUAUUGUAACAGUACUAUUUAAAACCAUAUUUUUACAAUAGACACUACUGUAAAAAUAAAAAUACAAAAACAAUAAAAUGUAAUGUACAGUACCAUACAGUAAAUUGUAAAUAAGAUUUUUACAAUAUACUAUACGGGUGGUUAAGUAUCGUAACAAUAUAAAAAAAUAUUUUUCUCCAUAUAUAUUUUUUUGCAAAACCAUACAUUAUAUUGUAAAUGAAUUGUUAUAAAUACUGAUACGUGGGUUUUAAUAAACCGUACAUUGUAUGGUACACAUAUGGUUUCAAACAAUAAAAUGUACCGUAAAUAUAUUGUUUUUAACUGUAGUUUCAGUACCGGUUAUACAUUUAAUUAAAUGGUUUUGGAAUGGUUCUCUUUUGUUAUGUUGUGUUGGUUUACAUUACAUAAACCAAAUAAUGUUAUAUUAUCUUGUCAUUUUCCUUCUAUUAAUGGCAUCUCAGGCUUACUAGCAUUAUGAGAUACGCUUUGGAAAUUCUCCAGAGCGUUUUGGAUAACCCUUCAUAUAUUGGAUCGCCCACGUCCAAGUCUGAGUCGAGGUCAGAGUAGUCUCUGAUUGCAUUAACAGUUGAAGCUUAGGCUCCCAUGCCCCACCAGCCAGAUAACUGGGUUUCGCAAACUAAGCAUUAUUUGUGGCAACACUUUGAGCGGCAUGAUGGAACUAUGCCGAGCGCGCUAAGUAUUAUUAGACCACUAAUGUAGUUGCAUGAAGUGGGUGACGAGGUACAUAAGUAUCAUUACAGCGUGCUUAACCGUUAUUGCAAUAUUGAGGCUCCAGUUUGACUAAAGUUCGAAAUACACGGAAAUACAUAACAACUCAUGAGAAAACUGUCAAGUUCGAUUCAAGUAUAAGUUAGGUUAAAAAGCGAACCCGCAGACGAACCUAUAUUAAAAGUCAUUUCAGUGUUCAGUCCAGUUCAUGUGUUAAAGAUGGCUCUACGUCAAAGAUAAAGUUUGUCAAUCGCAUUUGAUUCGAUUGUGGUCGAAGGCAAGUUCACAUGAGAGAAGAGGAGGAAAUUCCCCUAAAUGCAAAUACAGAAAUAAUAGUGUUGAUGAUGAACUCAUCCACUGAUUUACGGUAAUCUGACCUGCAUCAUUCCGGGUUGGCCUACAUUCUUAUUUCACUCAUCGCACUCUACACACCUAGCCCGCCAUAUCUCUUGGACCCCUGCUUGGACCUGCAGUUCUUAGGAUAGGACAUUUGGUUUACCACUGAUUUAAACAUGUUAUUGAUUUUCAAUUGAUGUUUCAACUUAUUCACUUUUUUCUCUUUCCUAUGAAAGCUUUCCUUUGCAUUAAAAAAGUCACAAACAUCAACAAAACAAAGCACGGAAAAAAUGUUAAACUGAAUAAAUUCUGGUGUUCGAUUUGAAUAGGUCGAAUCUGCAUAUGAAUCACAGCAAACAUACGACCUAUUCAAAUCGAACACCAGAAAUAAUACAAAAUUCACGGUAAAAUAAUGUUUCGGAAAAGUGAAUGGUUCAAACGUAAGAAAAACAGUAUAGUAUAUUGUUACAUAAAAAUUCAAUGUAAAUGUAUAGUAUAGCGAACCAUUUCAUCACAAUACACUUUAUUGUAGCUGGUACACUGUAUGAUGCAGAAAUGGUUUUCACCAUAGACCCUAUGGUUAGUUUUUUUCCGGGUGUGUCGAGGGUGGUCCGGUGCCGUUAAUAGCGACGGGUCCCAGUCCUUGUCUGCAGAACAACCACGAGACGAUGUACCGAUUUAGCUUUUUCUUUUUGUUCGGUCGUUCCUUGAUUGUGUCUUUGUUACAUUUAAAUCUGUGGAAAAUGUCUUUGUUUGGUUAGGUUAGGCAGAUUUUUUAUUUACAUUUUAUUAUUUAUUUUUAUUUAUUUCCUUGUUAAUUUAUUUCAUUUUAAUUCGUUAUAUAUAUUGUUAUCGGUGUUAGGUGUUAGGGUUAGUAAAAAAAUGGUUUCCAUUUUUUUUCUCCUCGGUGUGGGCGAGAUUGUAACCUGUGGUUACAAUUUUGUGUACUUUAAUUUUAGUGUGCAUUUUACCUACAUACACCACUGUGUUUUGAAUCAUUUUAAAUUGUUAUUUUGUUAUUUUUAUUUGAUUUGUGAAAUUAGUAUAGGGAAAAUAAAAUCGAAAUUAUUGUACCGGUGAGGCAUUUGACCCCAAUUUCCCACUCCAUUGCACACAUCGACGCAGCAACAGCAGCAGAAGAAUCGAGUUCGGUGUGUGGUGGCUGUUUUGUUUUGAUCAAACAAGGAAAGAAAGUUACGAACCACGUAGUGCGAAGGACGCGUAUUUUCACCCGUUUUUCUACCCCCGGGAAUGAGAAGAAAGUGCCGUUUUCGCGCCGUUUAUUGCUGGAUGAUUGUUCCCAGCACCGACGGAAGUAUCCGGGAAGUGAAUUCCAACGGAAAAGUGCCGGCCCGUGGUUCGGGAACCAAAGUGUAGUGCUGUGAAAGUGAUAGUGCUACAAGGGUGACGACCGCCGCCAUCACGGGAAGCUAAUUAUAAAGGAGUGAUUCGCUUCCCGGCGGUUUAGCCAA